AUGAAUCAGAGCUUUAGAUCACCUUAGAGAAAAUUGGAGGGGCCAAUAGUUAAAUUAAGAAUGAGAAAAAUACUUGAUAUAAGUAAAAUAAGGAAGGAGGAAGAAUAAUUUUAAUGCAUGUUAGAUUCUUAUGAACCAGAGUAGAGUGUUUCUUUUCAGGACAGAACCUUCUAUAAUAGAACUUUCAGAUCUACUUCCAAAAGCAUUAAAAAAGUGGAGGAUAGAAAAAUCUCUGAGGAGUAUACUUUAUAUGGGUUUUCUCGAAUGAAAACAGAAAGGACACCCUUGAUUUUGAUUAGUAGGAAAUCAAAAAGAAUUUAGCCUGUAAUUGAUGCAGACAAGGAUAUCAGUAACUAAGAAUGGUUUGAAAAAUGUAAAUAAAUGGACCCUCCUUAAGCCAAAGCAUAAUUUUAUGAUAAAGCUACUAAUUCGUACGUCUGGUAUGAUGUUACUGUGUUAGACUACUUCUAAGAGACUAAGAAAUUCUCAGUUUAAAAAUACCCAGAAGGAUAAACAAAGAAUGUUACUAGAUUAUCUAUUCAGUUUUAUAAUUAAAAUCAAGAUCUUUUUAAAUAAGCCCAAUAAGAAAAAGAUCAAAUUAGAUCUUAAAAGAAAAUCGAGUUAAAGAAGAUUCAAGAUAUUACCAAUGUUAGCGAUGAAUAUGUUAAUAAACCUCCCUAACAUUUGAGAUUCAGAUUCAUGAAAAAGUUUUAAUAAAAUGAUCGUUAAGGGUUAUUAUCAAAACUUUUAGAGGAAGUUAAUUAAAUUUAUACUUUUGACAUGAAAAAAUGUGUAUUCUAUAAGGAAUUGUAGAAAUACAAAUAAGUAUAUAUCCCAUUGCCAAAAUAUUAAUUUUACUAUAAGUAUUAGUAAUAAAUCGAAAAUAACUAAUCUUUUAUGCAAUAAAACACAAUAUAAGCUUGGUAAGUGAUGAAUUCGCGUUGUUAAAGGUUUAAUCUAAAAAUAAUUGAUUUAAAUUAAUUGUAAUUGCUAAUCCUCAAUACUGCUUUCUUGGAAUAUUGUUAAAACAAUAUAUAAAAUUACAUCUAUUAGGUCAAUUUAUAAAGAAAGUAUAAGAAGUCUGAAAUAUAGGAUGUCUUAUAAAAGAAGUAUAGUUUCUUAGGUAAAGAUUAAAAGACCCAUAUAUAAAGCCCUUUGCAUAGGAUUUUAAGAAAGCUAGAUUUAAUUUAUGCUGAUUUUCUAAACCACUUAUUAUAGAUUAACACAGAGACUAUUUUCAAUAUUUAUAAAUAAUUCAUACUGUAACCUAAUGAUACAUUCUAUGUCAAUACAUCAACAUUCCUAGUGUUAGAAUUGCAAGUUAAGAUAUUAAAACAUGCAAAGCCUAAAAACAAAGUAAUCAAACAGAUGGAAAGACUGACCAAAUAAUCAAUCAGAGAGAGAGAAUAGGAGAUAUAAAAAGAAGAAAUAGAGUAUGAUGAAAAAAUUACUAUAAAUUUAUCGGAGUAUGAAGUUAUUGAACUCCUAACUUUUCCUUAAUUUCAAUUAAUUGAGCAAGUGAGCAAAGUCAAUAGGAUGGAGGGUGAUAUUAUGACUUUGUUAUUGUUGAAAAAUGAAUUGGCAUUAACACCAUAUGAUGUUGAAUAGCAGAAAUAGUAUAUUAAUCCAACAAUAGACAUAAUAAAGAGUGAAUAUAGAAAAUGUGAAUAAAUACUAGUUAAAUUUUAGAAGUUUGAAUUCAUUUUAAAGAGGUUCAGAUCCACUGAGGUAAAUUAGCUAUUAGGUAUUUCAACUAAAAGAGUUCCACUGUCUUAAUUAAAUUUUGAUGAUAUAGACGAGAAAAUCAAAUGUUUAGAAUAAGCUAAAAAUGAAAUUAUCAAUAAUUCUUCUGAUUCAAUUAAGCUUGGAUUAUUCACUUUACAAUUGAAAGGAAUAAAAUAAUUCUUGGUAAACAAAGCUGAAGAAUAGAAAAAACUGAUUAUGAGUAGGAUUCAUGAAGUUAUACAAUUCAACAUAAAAAAUAUAGGAGAAUAAUAUGAAGAGGUAUAUAAAAAAGGAUCACAUAUUCCAGAUACAGAGGAAGAAUUGAUAGACUUAAAAUUGAUGCUUGAUGAAAUAAAUGUGAAAUUUGGGAAAUUACGUUUUGAAAUUAGUUAGAUAAUGAAGUAUGUAAAUAUAUUUGAGGAAAACUACUUUGAUUUCGAUAACAAAAUUAUUGAAUCAUAUUAUCAUCUCUUAUAUAAGCCUAAAGAUAUUACUCAAAUCAUACAUAAAAACAAAGAUGUCAUUUUAAUUAAGGAGAAAGAGUUCUUGAAGCGUUUAUAGUAGGAUGAGCAAGAUUUCAAAGAAAUUAUGUACUAAAUAGCAGAACUCUUUAAUUAAAUCAAACAAUUUAAUGAUUAUAGUUAAAUUAAGACUUACCUUCCUCAAGUUAAUUAAUUAAAUAAGUCCUUCAAUUAUGCCAAAGACCAAAUCAGUAGUUUUAAUAUUCGCUAGUAAAUGCUAUCGAUGCAAUUAACUAAUUAGGCUGAAUUAGACAACAUAAUGGUGUAAUUCAAACCAUAUGAAAAGUUGUGGACUUUAGUGAGCAAAUUCGAGUCCCAAAGGGAAAAGUGGAUUAGUGGAUCUUUCAAGUCAUUGAACUAUUAGGAUAUGAUUUGGAAGUUAAAUUAGUUUGCAAGUGAGAUAGGAUCGAUGAGUUCUAAUUUCGAAGAGGAGAAUGAAAACUUGAAGAGUUUAUUAAAAGGGUUUAGAAAAGCGUUGGAUUCUUUUAAGGAUAUUUUAUGGGUAGUUGAGGCUUUAGCGAUUGAGGCAUUUACAAGAAAGCCUUAGUUUUGGAGAGAGUUGUUUAGAGAAUGCAAAAUAAGUAAUUUCGAUCCAAAAGAGGAGUUUCCAUUUUUUGUUUUGCUGAACAGAGGAAUUUUGAAUUUUAAAGAAUAAGUAAUACAAAUUUCAAUAAGAGCUGAAAAAGGAUGGAAUAUUGAAAAGAGAUUAUAAGAGAUGCAUGGCAAGUUGAGUUAAGUUGUAUUAGAAGUAAAUCCUUAUAGAGAGACAUUUAUAUUUAAAAACUUAGAUGAAAUAUAAUUAAUUUUGGAUGAAUAAUUCAGUGUAUUGACAAUACUAAAAGCAUAGCCUCAUAUUAAGUUAUCAGUUGGACAAGCUAAUCAAUUGGAAUAUAAAAUAUUAUUGAUUUAAGAGACCUUGGAUUUCGGAAUGAAAUGUCAAAAAUAAUGGAUGUAUUUGGAUCCUAUCUUUACAAGUUAAGACAUAUAAACGAAAUUAAUAGAGGAGACAAAGAAUUUUAAAUUAGUAGAUCAGGCUUUUAGAAAUUGUAUGAAGGAAUUUAAGAAGGAACCUAUCUUAUGGGAAUGUAUUGAUAGUGAUAAAAUGAAAGUAGAUUUUAGCAAUGGAGUAAUGUUGUUAGAUUAAAUCUAAAAGAGUUUAACUAUAUAUUUAGAGUAGAAGAGAAUUGUAUUUCCAAGAUUUUAUUUUGUUUCAGAUGAAGAACUAGUCCAAAUCCUAUCUUAGACCAAAGAUCCAACUCAAAUACAGAAUCAUAUUUAUAAAUGUUUUGAAGCUAUGCAUAAAUUAUAAUUCACUUCAACCAAUGCCAUUACUGGGUUUCAAUCUACCUAGGAAGAGAAGAUUUAACUAUUCUAAGAUGUGAAAGUCAUGGAAGGUUCAAGGAAGGGAAAUGUAGAACUGUGGUUGCUAGAUUUACAGAAUGAAAUGAGAACAGCUAUCAAAAACUAUUCCUAUUAAACUUUGAUCGAUUUGAUAUCAACCAAAUAGGAAUUCAUUUCAAAAUGGCCUGCCUAGUGUAUUUUAUUGGCAAAUUAUAUAAGAUGGACUCGUAACACUGAAUCAGCUAUAAGAGGAUAGUAAAAGUUAAAUUUGGCAACCUUUUGUGAAUAACUAAAUAAAGAGUUGCAUGAAACUGUAUUAUUGGUAAGAAAAGAAAAUAGAAUAAUUCCUAAAACUAUUCUAGAGGCUAUGGUAGUUAUGGAAGUACAUGCUAAAGAUAUAGUUUAAUCUUUGUAUAAACACAAUGUAUAAACCAUCUUUGAAUUUGCUUGGAUUUCAUAAUUGCGAUAUUACAACGAAGAAAAUAAGAAUGUUUCUGCUAGAAUGAUAAAUGCCUCUGUUUAAUAUGGAUUUGAAUACUUAGGAAAGGUAACUAGGUUGGUGAUGACAUCGUUAACAGAUCGAUGUUAAAGGACUUUAUUGGAAGCUUUACAUAUGAAUUACGGUGGAGCACCAGAGGGUCCAGCUGGUACUGGGAAAUCAGAAACUGUAAAAGACUUAGCCAAAGCUGUUGGAAUGCCUUGUAUUGUUUUUAAUUGUUCCGAUGGUCUGAAUUAUAUUGCCAUGGGUAAAUUCUUUAAAGGAUUGGCUUCUUCUGGAUCAUGGUGUUGUUUUGAUGAAUUCAAUCGUAUUGAUGCUGAAGUUUUGUCUGUUGUUGCUUAGUAAAUCUACACCAUUUAAAAGGCUAUAAAGGAGGAGAAAACCAAUUUUAUUUUUGAAGGGGAGAACGUUCAAUUAAUUAGUACUUGUGCAAUUAAUGUUACAAUGAAUCCUGGAUAUGCUGGUAGAACAGAAUUGCCAGACAAUUUGAAAAUUCUAUUUCGACCUUGUGCAAUGAUGGUACCUGAUUAUGCAAUGAUAGCUGAAAUUUAUUUAUAUAGUAUUGGUUUUCAGAAAGCAAGAGAAUUAAGUAGUAAAAUCGUUACAUGUUUAAAGUUAUGCAAUGAAUAAUUAUCUAGUUAGGAACAUUAUGAUUUUGGUAUGAGAACCUUGAAGGCUGUAUUAAAUUCAGCUAAAUCUAUGUUUAAUGAAACAGAAGAGGAAAUAUGUUUAAAUGCUUUGAUCAAUGUAAAUAAACCAAAAUUUACUGAGAGUGAUCUUCAAUUGUUUAUGGCUAUAACCUAAGAUCUAUUCCCAGGCAUUUAACUAGUAGAAGGAGAAGAACUAUCGAAUUUAUAUGAUGGAUGUUAAGAGUUGGACUUAUAAAUGGACAAGGAAUUCUUUGAAAAAUGCAUACAAUUAAACAAUAACAUUAAUGUCAGAAAUGGAGUUAUGUGUAUUGGAUAAGCCUGUACUGGAAAGACCUCAGUCCUAUAAACACUCAGUAAAAGCCAAGAUGCUCUCAUAUUAAAACUAAAUCCAAAAGCCAUUACAAGUGAUCAACUCUAUGGUAAACUAGACCCAGAAACUAAAUAGUGGGCAGAUGGAGUAGCUCCAAUUUUAAUAAGGGAUAGUAUUGAUAAACAUUAAAAAGUGUGGAUCAUGUUUGAUGGUCCUGUAGAUUCUAUUUGGAUAGAAAACUUGAACACUGUCUUGGAUGACAAUAAAAAGUUAUGCUUGACUUCUGGUGAAAUAUUAAAAAUACCAGAUACAAUGUGUAUGCUAUUCGAAAUAGAAGACUUGAAAGCAGCCUCUCCAGCAACAGUAUCAAGAUGUGGGAUGGUAUAUUUCUUACCCAUAAAUUGGUAUCUGAUUGUUCAAUCCAUCUAAUUACUAAAAGGAUACGAUAAGGAUUAUACAAUUAGAAGAAUAAGAUUUUUGCUAGAUAACACAAUAGCUUGGGUUAAGUCGAGACAUUAAGUUUUUAUAAUUUAUGAUUCCAUUAAUAUAUUAACAUGUAGUUUCCUUAAGUUGCUAUCAAAGUACUUAACUGAGGAUCUGGUUACAAAAAACUAUGAUAAUUUAAUUAUCUUUUGUUUAAUUUGGUCAUUUGGAGCAGCUAUGGAUGAGUAAAUCAGACCUCAAUUUAAUCAAUUUUUGAAUAACUUAUUAUAAAAAAAGGUAUCUGAUUUAGAAACCUAAUUUCCAGCUGACCCAUAGUUGGAAUUAUAGAUUGAAAUAUUGGAUGAUUAUUUUUCAUAUUGUUACAUUGAAGGGAAAUGGAUUAAAUGGAUUGAUACAUAAGUUCCUUAAAAAAUAUAAGGUACAAUGUAAUUCCAUGAGAUUUUUGCAUAGACAGCAGAUACAAUUAGAAAUGAUUACUUUUGUUAGAUAGGAUUGCAUUUUUUGUUUGCAGGUCCAACUGGCACUGGCAAGUCUUUAUCUAUGAACAAAUAUCAGUAGUUUUUAAUUACGUGUUCUGGGCAAACCACUGCUAACAGGUUGCAAAGAUUGAUAGAAACUAAAAUUAAUAAGCGGAGAAAGAAAGGUCAUUAUUAUGCAGAGGAAGGAUAAAUCAGAAUAUUUGUAGAUGAUUUAAAUAUGCCCUAUAGAGAACCUGAAGGAUCUGUUCCAGCAGUCGAACUAUUGAGGUAAUGGAUGGAAAUGAAUGGGUGGUAUGAUUUGGAUUCUAAAGAAUUCAAACACAUUUGUGAUAUAACAUUCUUAGGAGCUAUUCAUCCUGCAGAGAGGAAUUAAAUCACUUUGAGAUAUUUAAGAUUCUUUAAUCUUCUAUAUAUUGGUGGUCUAAAUCAUUAAAAUCUAACAACUAUGUUGAAUGUUUUUGGUGAAUGGUUAAUAAUGAAUUAAGUGGAAGAAAUUCGAGACUUAAAAAAUACACUGGUUGAAAAAACUAUCAAUUUAUAUUUGAGUGUGUCGAAAUUGCUAUUACCAACUCCAUAGAAAUCUCAUUAUAUAUACAACUUAAGAGAUAUCUUUAAAAUAUUCGAAGGAAUCAGUAGAGUGAAAGUCAUAGAUAAUCCGGUUCAUUUAUUUAAAUUAUGGACUCAUGAAUGCUUGCGAGUAUUUAGUGAUAGACUUAUUGAUGAGGAAGAUCAAAAUAAAUUUGAAUAACUAAUUCAAGAUACUCUUAUUUAAUUGAAUUUAGAAUCUAUUGAAAUAGAAAAUCUCAUCUUUUCAUCUUGUUAAAAUAAACAAUAUGAAGAAGUAUAUGAUCUAUCAAAAUUAAGAGAAAAGUUAAAUAUGAUUUUGGAUAAGUAUAAUUCACUAGAUUCAUCAGGUAGACUUCAAUUGAUCUUUUUUAAUAUGGCUAUCAUUCAUAUUAUAAGAAUUGUUAGGAUUCUAUCUAAUGUUUAUGGACACGUUUUAAUGAUAGGUAUGGGUGGAACAGGUAGAUCUUCAUUGAGUAAGAUAGCUAAUUUUAUUGUAUUUAAUAAAUCCCUGAAAACAAUAGACUCUAGAUCUUGGAACGAAUAGUUAUUGAUUUAAUUAAAAGAAACAGGAUUAGAGAAUGAAUAAAACACAAUAUUAUUUAAUGAUUCUUAAUUUUAAUCAGAGUACAUGUUAGAAGAUGUAUGUAAUUUAAUGAGUCAUGGUGAAGUGUCUCAUUUAUUUCCCCCUGAGGAAAGAAUUAAGAUUUAGGAGACUGCAACUUAUAGUUAGUUUGUUAAAAGUUGCAAAUUAAAUAUACAUGUUAUUUUGUGUAUGUAACCUGUAGGUGCUCUGUACAGAAAACGUUUAAGAACAUUUCCAACAAUUAUUAAUUGUACAACUAUCGAUUGGUUUUCGACUUGGCCUGAAGAUGCUUUAGAGUCAACUGCUUAAUAGUUCUUACCAAAACAAUUGGUUAAGAUGGGUGUUGAGGUUCAUUAUAAAAUUCUGUAGAUUACUGAAAGAUUCAAAUAAGAAUUAAGAAGAUAUUUUUAUGUGACACCUACAUAAUAUUUAUAAAUGCUUUAAACAUUUUAAAUCAUUUAGGAACAGAAGAUGGGAUAAUCUUAAGUAUUUAUUGAGAAGUUUGAGAAUGGGGUCGAAUAAAUUAAAAAAGCAGAAAAUGAUGUUGAUAGAAUUAAAGCUAAGUUGUUUGAAUUGCAACCAAAAUUACAAAAAUCUAAUGAAGAGAAUAAUUAAUUACUUAUAAAAAUUCAAAAACGAUAGGAAGAGGCUGAUAAGAAGAAGCAAGCAUGUGAAUUUGAAGAAAAGAUUUGUUAGCAAUAAAGUGACGAAGCAAAUGAAUUGAGAAAUAGUUGCUAAUAAGCUUUGGAUAAUGUGUUACCUUUAUUGGCUUAGGCUACUGAAGCUUUGGAGAGAAUUACUAAAGAUGAUAUGAUAUUAUUGAAAUCAUUUACUAAUCCACCAGUGUCAGCUGCCAUCGUUAUGGAAGGAUUAGCCUAUGCAUUUGAAGAAGAUCAUUUAGAUUAUUGGGAUUACGCUAAGAAGUGUUUACUGAAUGACAAAUUAAUUAAGAGAAUCAAAGGAUUAAAGUUAGAGUAGAUUCGAUAAAUCUCAUUUAAGAACAUAUAAAAAUUAUAAGUGUUUGUGAAAAAUCCUUUGUUUGAGAAGGAUAGAGUAUUCAACGCAUCAAAGGCAGCAGGCAAUUUGGCACUUUGGAUAAGAGCUGUACUGGAAUCCUAUAUGGCAGUUGAAAUAAUUGAACCAAAGAAGGCAGAGUUAAAGCAGGCAGAAGAAAAGUUGCAAUAAGCUGAGGAACUCGUUCAAGAAAAGAAAAAUGCUUUGGAAGUUGUUUUAGAAGAGUUGCACAGUUAUUAGUUAGAAUAUAAUAGAGCAAAGGCAGAGAAGGAAAGAAUAGAAGAGUAGGUCAUUACUAUCAGUUCUUAAUUGUAGAGAGCAGAACAAUUAAUUGCUAAUUUAAGUGAAGAAAAAUCCAGAUGGAAUUUAAAAGCAUAACAAUACAAGGAAAACUAAAAGAAUAUUAUAGGGGAUUGUAUGCUUAACUCAGCUAUUAUUGCCUAUUUAGGUGUGUUCCCAAUUCAAUAUAGAGAAAUUUGUUUAGAAUUCUGGAAAUCAAAAUUGUAGGAAUACGAUGUCUAAAUCUCAAGCAAUUAUUCAUUAUAAAAUCAAUUGAGUGAUCCUGUUCAAAUUAACAGAUGGCUUUAACAAAAAUUACCAAAUGAUUAAUUUAGUAUCGAUAAUGCCAUUAUUAUGAAACAAUCAACAAGAUGGCCAUUGAUGAUAGAUCCAUAACUUUAAGCUAAUGAGUGGAUCAAGAAUAUGGAAAAUCAAAAAAGUUUGAUUAUAUUUAAUGCAAUGUGGCCUAUCAGUUAAAUAUAACUAUAACUACAACAUGCAAUUUAAAUAGGUUAUGCUGUUUUAUUAGAGAAUGCAGGACAAACCUUGGAUCCAUUGUAUGAAUAGAUAUUGCAAUUCAAUCAAUAAAAAGGGCAAAGAAACUUAUAUAUCAAGUUUGGCGAUAAGAUGAUAGAAUACUCUAGUGAUUUUAGAUUUUAUAUCACUACUAAACUCUCUAAUCCUCAUUAUCAACCUUAAGUUUGUGUGGUUGUGACUAUGCUCAAUUUUUAGGUUACUUAAGAAGGUCUAAUAGAUCAAAUGUUGAACAUAGUAGUUAAGAUUGAUGAACCUUUGAAGGAUGAACAAAGGAAUAAAAAUAUAUCAUAAUAUGUGCUCAAUAAAAAUAGGUAAAUUCAAACUGAGAAUCUGAUUUUAAAAUUGUUAUCAGAAGCUUCUGGAGAUAUAUUAGAGAAUGAAGUUUUAAUUAAGACUUUGCAAUAGUCCAAGGAUGAUGCUUACGAAAUUGAAUAAAGAUUACAGAAAUUAGAACAUGAUCAAUUGUUGUUUAAUUAAAUUAAGUCAUUCUAUAAUCAAGUAGGGGAAUUGGUUUCGGACAUAUACUUCAUAAUUAAUGAUUUAUCCAUAAUUGAACCGACCUACGUUUGGUCAUUGGAAUUUUACAUCUAGUAAUAUUAGAAAUCCAUUAAGGAGGCCUAAUUUGGUAAAUAAAGAAGAGUGUAAAACAUCAUAGAUAAAUUUCUUUAGCACAUUUACAUUACAAUAAAUAGAUCAUUGUUGGAUAAAGAUAAAUUUAUCUUUAGAUUUUUAUUUUGUUUAAAAGUGCUUAAUAUUCCAAUUGAAUAGAUUAGAACUUGUGUAAUAGGGCCUUCCAUUACUUAAACUGAUUUAAAAAUGCCUACAGCUUAUGAUUGGUUGACUCCUAAGAUGUGGUUAGGAUUGGUUGAUUUAAUGGAGAAGUACCCUAAAGAUUUCAGUUGGUUAUAUAAAGAUAUAGUAGAAAAUCAUUAAUUUUGGAAUGGAUACUUUUAUAGCCAAUAAUCAUAUAAAAUAUAGAUACCAUAAAUUGAAAACCAAUUCAAUUCUUUGAUGUUGAUAAAGAUCAUAAAACCUGAAUAAUUUAUCAAUAGUUUCAAUGAAUUAGUAAGAUCAUUAAUGGGCAAAUAAUUCUUGGAGAAUAUCCCAUUUACUUUUGAGUAGUUCUACUAAGAAUCUACUCCAACAACUCCAUUGUUAUGUUUAAUAUAGCCAGGCAGUGAUGCCAGAUAAGAAAUAAUACAAUUGGCAGAUAAAUUAGGAUACUAGGAUAACAUCUACACAGUUUCUUUAGGAUAAGGUUAAAUAUAAUUGGCAUUGAAAUUGAUAAAGAAUGGUAUACACUAAGGUAAGUGGGUUUUAUUAUAAAAUUGUCAUGUUGCCUAAUCUUUUAUGCCAGAAUUGGAGCAAUUGUUUGAAAACCAAUUUAAGAGUUAGAAUAUAAAUAAGGAAUUUAGAUUAUGGUUAACAAGUCAACCUACAAAUCUAUUUCCACAUAAUGUUUUACUGAAAACUCUGAAAUUGACAUAUGAAUUGCCAAGAGGUUUAAAGAACAAUAUGUUAAGAUCAUAUUUCUAAUAAGACUAAGAGAAAUUCGAAUAAUGCAAAAAAUAAGAUGAAUGGAAGAAUUUAUUCUUUUCGUUGACUUUAUUUCAUGCUUGUAUUUUAGAAAGAAGAAAAUAUGGUCCAUUGGGAUGGAAUGUUAGCUAUAAUUUCUCAUAACAUGAUCUUGAAAUAUCAAAAGAAUAAAUUCUCUACAUUCUAAAUCAUUAACAUGAAACCUAAUGGGAUGCAUUAUAAUAUUUGGUUGCUGAAUCGAAUUAUGGUGGUAGAGUAACAGAUCCUUAGGAUAGAAUACUGUUGAAUAUCUUAGUAAAUGAGUUCUUAAAUGAAAAUACAGCAAAAGAAGGAUAUGUCUUUAGUGAUUAUGUUAAAAUACCAGAAUCAAAUAAUAUACAUGGCUAUAUUAACUAUAUUCAAACUCUACCAAUUGAAGAUCCGCCAUAACUUUUUGGUUUACAUCCAAAUGCAGAAAUAUAUUCCUCAAUUUUAUAAGUUGAUCACAUUAGUUAAGAGAUCUUGUAAGUCUUACCGAGAGCAAUUGGAGCUCAAUAGAAUACUGAUGCUAUUGCCAAACAAAAAUGCAAAGAAAUCAUUGAUUUAUUGCCUUAACAAUUCAAUAUUGCAGAAUUGGAAAACAGAUAUCCAAUUUUGUCACAAAACUCUUUGAAUACUGUACUACAAUAAGAUGUUGGCAGAUAUAACAAACUACUGAGAACAAUAAAUUCAUCUUUGUCUAAUCUUAUUAAAUAGAUAGAUGGAUAUAUUAAUAUGUCUGAUGAUUCCUAGGACAUACUUGGAUAUAUUAUGGAUAAUAAAGUACCUAACGAAUGGUUGAAACACUCAUAUUAAACAACUAAACCAUUAGCAACAUAUAUCAAAGAUUUAUUGGAUAGAUUAUCCUUUAUUCGAAAGUGGAUUACAUAAGGAGAACCAAUAGUAUAUUGGCUAGGUGGUCUAUUCUUUAUACAAAGUUUUUUGACUGGUAUUCUUCAAAAUUAUGCCAGAAAACAUAAAAUACCAAUAGAUGAGGUGAAAUUUGACUAUGAAUUCUAUCAAAGUAAACCAAGUUCAAAGCCAGAGGAUGGGUUUUAUGUUGAAGGCAUAUACUUUGAUGGUGCGAAAUUCGAUUUUAAAACUAAUUCUAUUGAGGAACCUGAAAAUCUCAUUCUUUACUAUAAUGCUCCUAUCAUUCAUUUCAAACCUACUUUAGAACAAUAAGUACUGUAACACUAUGCAUGUCCUUUAUAUAAUACUGUAUAGAGAAAAGGGAAUCUGACAAGUACUGGUGGAUCAGCCAAUUUCAUAUGCAAUAUUAAAGUGCCAAUCAGAUAGUCUGACAGUCAUUGGGCAAAGAGAGGAGUAGCUAUGAUUUUAUAAUUAAAUUGA